AUGGCCGCUCAAACUUCACCCCCAGAAACUUCAGAGACAGAUUCAUUUCAAGCCUCCUGUGCCCUCACUUCGGAUAGUAUCGAAGCUUUUUCCUAUCCAACAGUCUCUUUUCAAGUCCAAAAACCUGACAGAAGACAGUGUUUGGGGGCUAAGAAUGUGCAGGCUCAACGAGCUAAACCAUUUUCAUACAAAAUUGAAAUGGAUCAGGAAUCGCAACGUUUAUUAGAAGAUAAUACUUGUGAAGAUCUUCAAACUUGUCUAUCACCAUCUGCAAAUCCUCCCACAUCUAAGCUUUUAGCAUUGAAAAUGAAUGCACCGGAUGAUAUCGAGGGAGGACAAAAGGAGGACACACGUAAUCCUCAGGAUUCAAACAUGUUAUCACAAAAUUUGAGUUCUUUUUGCUUAACUCAAGCCCAACCUAGAACUCUAGAUCCUAUGCCUUUAUUCCAAUUUACAACUUUUGAUGAAAGCGACUAUUACACAAUUAAUAAUCCAUCUUCAAGCAGUUACGUCGACAGUAAUCAUUCAGCUCCUAGCCUUCACGAUAAAGAUGAAUCGCAUAAUUUCAAAAUUUACCGACAAAAUUCCAUCAAGAAGCCGUCGGAUAUUCCACUCGGAGCACCCACAGCUAGUGAGGUCGAGUAUGGACGUAAAGAAUCGCUAAAACGUUCUACAAACUUGGCAGCAAACCCAGUCAGGAACGGCGAAAACUGUUCUCUAGAUAGACAAUACCAGUCUACUAGUCACGAAUCUACCAAAAAAGAAUCACAGUUAAGUCUUUCUGAAAAUAAUUCUGCUGUUAGGAAAUUACCUGGAAAAAAGAUUACUACAUCACCAGCAACUUCGGAAACUACAGUUCCACUAAUCCAGAUGCAACCUACGAGCGGCAUUCAAAAAAGAGAAAAAGAAAUAUAUGGAAUUAAGAAAAUAAGAUGGCAUGAUCAUGAUGCUACAAAGAAUCCCAGAAUCUCUCCUAUAUUGGUUCAGAAUUCUAAUGGCCCAUGUCCACUGCUGGCUCUUGUAAACGCAUUAAUACUUUCAACACCACCGUCUAAAAAUACUUACCUAACAGAGACGCUUAACUCUCGUGAAGACAUAACCCUUGGGCUCCUUCUGGAUGCACUUUUCGAUGAGCUGAUUUCCAGGCGUGGCUCUGGGAAUGAACUACCCGAUGUAUCUGCCCUUUAUUCUUUUCUCGUAACACUACACACAGGUAUGAAUGUUAAUCCACACUUUUUCCCUGCUUCACUCUGCAGUACUAUCAAACGCACCUUGAGCUCCAGGUCGGUUAAGCACUCUAGACCUGAGAGAAUUGAGCUAGGGUUUUUCGAAGAUACUUACGAGACACAACUCUAUGGUACUUUUAACGUCCCUCUAAUUCAUGGAUGGAUUCCGCAGCCUGAUUCGAUGGCCUAUGCAGCCCUCUAUAGGCUCUCAAGAACAUUUGAAGAUGCUCAAAAUCUUCUGUUCAGUGAGGAGAUUCUUGAGACAAAGAGAAUUCAAGGCACACUAACUUCCCAUGAAGAAUCUCUUUUAGAAGAUAUAGCGACCAUCGGAACAUUUAUAUCUUCAAAUGCAACACAACUCACUUCCCAUGGCCUAGAUGUGAUCAAAACCACUCUUACUCCUGGCACUACAGCUAUACUUUUUAGGAAUAACCACUUCUCUACGCUCUACAGACACCCCAAAAACUUACAAUUACUACAAUUGGUGACUGAUAUGGGUUAUGCAAAACAUGAAGGAGUUGUAUGGGAAUCUUUGGUUGACACAACCGGGGAGCUAGCUGAAUUCUUCGAUGGAGACUUUCGGCGAGUUAUUGAUACCCCAGCUUGGCCUCUUCCUAAUUUGCCACUAAGUAAUAAUGAUCGGAUAAGUUGUAAUACAAGUUCUUAUCCAUCAGACCAUUCAAAAAGAUCUUGUCGAGGGACUAUGGAGCAACUAGACCAUGAUUAUGCCUUAGCCCUCCUGCUUCAAGAAGAGGAGCAACAAAAGUCUGUUAAACCUCAAAGACAAUGUCAUGGAAUUAAAUCAUCGCCGCAGCAAUUCACUCUAACUCACACAAGUGAUGGACAAGAUAAUUCUGGCGUGUCUAGACCUGAACCUCUACUUUCUCAGCAAAUUAGGUGUGAAUCUGGACCUGUUAUACCACCUCGAAGAAGCAACUUGAAUUUUACAAAUCAGUUAGACUCAGAAUCAGCUAUGGCAGAGACAGAGGUAGGAUUACCACCGCCAUCUUAUGAGGCUGCUACCAAGGAAGAAUGUAAUAACUCAUCUCCUGAAGAUGAAAACCCACAACUCAAUCAUAGCGUGCCUCAGUUAUCGCACUCAGACACACUAGAGAGUGAAAGCAGAAGUAAGCGAGUUGGGGGAAUGAGAAGAAGAAGUCGCCGCCAUCAAAGUCAAGCUAUAGAUCAGAUACUUGCAAUAAGAUCAGGAAUGAGUGUCAGACGGCAGCCAAGUCUUGGUGGUGAAAUGAUAAAUAAAGUAACUCAUAGGCCGGAAAGGGUAGAGCGGGAAUGUGCUAUUAUGUAG